AAAUCAUUUUAAUUCAAAUUGAGCGCCUGCUAUCGAUGACUUUGUGGAACGGUUCAACUAUCGAUGGAUAUUCGCAUUGACAGCUACGCCUCUGCAGCCCUGGUCAAAAUCAGCUGUUGUGUUGUAGGCAAACGUUUUCGGUUGAUCGCACAGGACUGCAGCGCUAUCAUGGUCAUCACCAACAACACAACACUGCCCGAGGAGUCGGAGCUGAACGUGCAGGAGCUAAAUCUUUCGUCGGCGGCCUUACGGGCGGGCUCCUUCCAUUUGGGCAAGCAAUGCGAGCAGGCCAAUAAUGAGUUUAUGCUGUGCCGGCAGGAGCUGGACGACCCGCGGGCCUGCUUGGCGGAGGGCAGAGCCGUGACCAGCUGCGCCCUGGACUUCUUCCGCAAGGUGAAGAAGUCCUGCCAUGAGGAGUUCACGCAGUACGCCACCUGCCUGGACAAGAGCAGUGGUACCAUGGCUUUUUCACAUUGCCGCAAGACCCAGGGAGUGUUCGACAAGUGCAUCAAGGAUAACUUCGACUGGGAUCGUCCCUCCUAUGGCUACUUCUCGCGAGCCAAGAUCGUCAAAUCAGCUCGCGAGGCACCCAAGAAGGAGGAGAAGGUCUCCUACCCCGACGCCACCCCCGGUCUGCCCGAGGACUACCCCAAGCCGCCGGCAAAGUACGGUUCCCGCUUCCACUGGCUGGAGUAGACUGCUGCCAGCGCGUAGUGAAAUUUGAAAGCGUUCAUCUUAAUAUAAACUCUUGUUUCCAUUA